AUGCCUCACGCCGAAAGCCAACUGUAUCAGUAUAGCCAUGUCCCAGAGACAAAGGAGAACCUAGAAUGGGCAGAACUCCCCAACAUUGAUCUGUCCAAGUAUGGCACCGAGGAGGGCAACGCCGAGCUGGCGCAGACACUGAUCGAGGCCAUCCGCACCAAGGGUUUCUUUUACGUGACCAACUAUGGCAUUUCCCAAGACGCAGUCGACCGACAGUUUGCCCUGGGCCAGCGCUUCUACGAGCUGCCGCUCGAGGACAAGCUCAAGUACGUCCCCGACCUGGACUCGGGUGACUAUAACGGCUACCGGCCGGCUGGCCGUCGCGUACUGAGCGGUGGUGUCGUUGACAAGACCGAGGUCUGGAACAUGGCGACCAAGGAUGGACACAUUACCCAGCCGAUUCCCCAGUUAUUGAAGGACAACCUGGAAGAGAUUGAAGGUUUCGCCAAGAACCUCCACGACAAGGUGCUUGACCCGCUGAACCACCUCAUCGCCUUGGCUCUGGAGCUGCCCCCAGACUUUUUCACCAAGGUGCACAAGUGGGAGGAGCACGACGAGUCGCACCUACGGUACAUGAAGUACUCCAAGUUCUCGCCACAGGAGAUUGAGCAGCUGUCAGACGGGCUCUGGUCGCGCGGCCAUACUGAUCUUGGCACCAUUACCCUGCUCUUCCGCCAGCCCGUUGCCGCGCUGCAGAUCCGCGACCACGAGACGGGCGACUGGAAGUGGGCCAAGCCCCUCGACGGCAGCUUGACGGUCAACACUUGUGAUGCCCUCAGCUUCCUCACGGGCGGCUACAUCAAGUCGACAGUGCACCGAGUAUCCGUGCCGCCAAAGGACCAGCGACACGUCGACCGUCUGGGCCUGCUCUACUUUGCUCGACCACAAAACGAUCUUUCGCUCAAGACCAUUGACUCGCCCGUGUUGAAGCGAGCCGGAUUCACCCAAAAUGAGUUUGAAAAGGGCGGACACCGUGUUCCGACCAUGGGAGAGUUCACCACCCUCAAGCAGCAAUGGCAGCAAAAGAAGGGCACGAGCUACGAGUCCAGUGAAGGCAAAGAGAUCCUGCCUGGUUUCACGGGCCAGUAUUUCCAGUAA